AUGAAUUCCAUAUUCUCUCAACUAGCAGGACUCCUUUUACUCGUCGUAGCGAUUGGCCUUGUAGAGGCAGCACCUGCCAUAGCCGAAUCACGAACCCUUACGUCCUACCCGGGCUCCAAAUUGAGUUUCUACAGAUUCGCGAUGCCAAUCAACCGGACCCUACUUACUGAAAAGUUUGGAAACCCUGUUCUCGUUACUGACACUCGAAAAUCGUUUUCUCCUGAGACCCAAGAACUGCGCAAGGAACGAGUCGAAACUUUUGUUGCUAAAAACUCCACCGUAAGGCCGCAUGUCGGCAACAAAGUGGAUGGGAACAAGCCAAGGAUUGCCUUCAGGGCACGCCAAACCUUUUCAAGUAGCAUCCGCGCCAGAUCAAAGCCUGGAGCAUUCCCCUGGGCGGGUCUCAACCCCCAAGGAACAUACCCUUGGACCAAAUCAAUUCUAUGCAUGGCGAUCUGCGAAAGGAACACAUAUCACAUGAGAGAUAUCCUGAAGGGAAAGGGAAGGUGGCAAGCAUGUUUACUGAAGUGCAAGUCUGAUGGAUCCAUGACUGAUGUUGUUGGCGAGAUCUAUGAGGCAAGUUUCAAGGAGGAUUUCGCGCCCUUGGCUUAUUACAAAGGGUAUCUGGAUUACGUCUCUGGCAAAACUGGCGUGGUGGAACAGAAGAUGGAGUGGAGGGCAGCGUAUUAA